AUGACAUUCCAACAUCAAUCGUAUCCAGCUCAACCGCCACCACCGCCACCUCCACCCCAUGCAGACUAUGAUAUCGAGAAGCAUAGUCAAUUUCAUCGAGCAUCAUGGCAACCUGAAGCAAUACCACAAAAGAAACGCCCAUUGACCGAAAGGAAUUGUUGUUGUCGAUGCCUAUGUUGCGCAUGUUGUUUGCCUGUUUGGGCACGUUACAUUGUGUGGUUCAUUAUCAUUGGUAUCAUUAUCUGUAUCAUUGUUAUUGGAGCGUUACUGGGUACUUUCAAGAUGCCCGAAGUCAACGUGCUGGAUGUCACCAAUCCACCUGGUACCAAUCAAUUACAAAUCGACUACAAUGGCACUGAGUUUGAUAUUGGAAUUGGGCUCAUUGUGAACGUGGUCAGCCCAAACAACCUUCCUAUCCAUCUAUCGGAUAUGCAUGCAACGGCCACAUUACCAACCAAGGAUGGCAAUGCAUUUCUUGGCUCGGGUUAUCUUGCAAAACAUACAAUCCCAACGCACAGCAACUCGAAUUUUACGUUUCCAUUUACCAUCCAAUACGAUACCACGUCGUCAUCCUCCCAACUUAUGCUGAAUACGCUAUUGCAAGAAUGCGGAUUAUAUGGCGGCAGCGACCCAACCGAUAUCACCGUGGAUUACACGAUCCAUUUGGCAGCAAGUGUAUUGUUUGUCACGAUUCACCCGUCAAUCUCAGGUUCGGCAUCAUUCGCAUGUCCACUCUCGAACGACGGGUUUACUUCGGCUUUAGGCGGGGCAUUUGGUGGUUAA